CCCAUCUGAGUGAUUAGUGGGCGGAGGAUUACUUUUAAGUUAUUAAUAUUAGACAGCUACUAAAAAUUACGCUUCACGAGUUUUAAUAAGCAUGGUUGUCGGUCAGUUGACAUUUGUGGUAAAUUAUAAGAAAAGAUUAUUUUUAUCACGAAAACAAACUUUUCUUGUGAUUUUCAACCAAUAUUUAAUCAAAUACACGUUCAAUUAGAUGCGGGAAUUCGCCUGUGUAUCAUCCGUCUGCCAGUCGGUCACUCAUUGAUGAAGUUUUUAGAGGAGGUGUGCCGUCUCACCGUUUAGCCAAUGAAAACGCACUCGGCAGCGUUGCCCAAUCACGUGAGUUGUUUGUUAUACGUCUGUAUGUAUAAAGAUCAGCCCUAAACAACCGUAGAUCAUGAAGUUGUACACACACCGUUACACACGCGUACUGCAUAAUUUUCAUAACGGAUAUCAUUUUUUGGCACGGUAAAUACAGACAAAUCGAGUAUCAGGGAAUAUUAGAUCCACACCGCAAUGGUUCAUCUACUCUGUAGUGCUCAUAGCUGUCUUAUUAUGACAAUUUUCAGUGUAUUAACACUAUUGGUAGAUUCUGCACCAACAAUAACGGUAUCGCACCUUUACAGUGCGAUGAAGUCUGAGGCGAAGCAUAUGUAUUGGGAUACCUUUACGGCGUUUAGCCAAUUUCAGGUGUUACGGGUCGGUCAUUCUCUGAGUGACAAUUGGUCAUUGGCUGGGCUUCCGAGUCUUACAAGUUGGGUUGUGUUAGAGAGAAUGACAGCGAGUGUAAGUAGACUUAUCUUACCUAAUCCAUUACCAAACGUUACAAUCCUGGAAUUUAUUACAUACCAUAAUUAAUAUUAUGGUACCAAAUAGAUGAAUUUCCCUUAUGACUGAAUGUAUAAUGUUUGUAGUAUUAGCUGAUUAAUUUCUUGCAAGAUUAAAUGUAUGUAGCCUUAGGCCUAAACAUGUAGGCAUAUACGAUGUAGCCAUCUUCAACGUGAAGUCAGUCAACCAAAACAAUAAUAUGACAAUGACGUAAUGAUAUGCACCAAGUAGUCAAUGUCUUUAUAGGGAAAUGAUAUAUCGUUAUAUUUGUCGUCAAUUGUCUGGACAUGUCACAAAUAUGCAAUCAUGAAGUAUUGUUUUGUUAAGUAUGUACAUUUGGGAUUAUAUAAGAUAUAUUAUGAUAAAUCUUGAGUUUAAAGAGACAGUAGCAUCAGAGUACUGUAUAGCUUAAAGGGGCACAUUAAAUUUUAAACCCAUUAAAAAAGGA